CUGCAGGAGAUCGCGGGCAAGGACCUGACCAAGGUGGUGAGCCUGAAGGACAAGCUCGAGUUCGCCCCUCGGGCCGUGCUGAACAGAAACCGCCCGGAAAAGAGUUAA